AUGGCUGUGCUUGAAAUCUGUCUUAUCGCCAGCGGCGUGCUGAUCUUUGCGGCUGCAAAUAUUAUGGCAAUAAAGCAUUAUGUUAGCGGUAAGGCGAAAAUUGAUGAUGAGAAAUCAGGACCUACGUAUCAUACUGCCUCAUUCUUCAGUUUUCACCUUGUUGGGUCUUGUUGGUAUAGUGACAUUUAGGCAGAGAGGCUUACUGUUACAAUGCAAGAUGGAGUCUUAAAGAAUGACAAGUCUUCAACUGGACUUAUUUAUAUUUAUCUAGAAUUCAUGCUUGUUUAAGUAGGCAAGACCUCAAAACAGGCAGGGUAAAAUGUGGCACUUGUAGAAUAAAUAUGGCACUGAGACUGUCGUUUAUCCAACAGUUCAGACGCCACUAAAAUUCAACCAAACAGUAGGAUUAAUAUUCAGUACUGUAUUCUUUGGCCGAGAUUUCUUGUUUUCUCUAUCACAUCCAUUUUAAACUCAUUCUAAAUCUGAUUGGCUUUCACUGGCAACUGGUUUGAUUUAGUGACACGAAUAUUGCAAUUUUUUGCUCCCAAUCGAAUCUGUUUCGCUCAGUAAAUCGGCGUGCGGCAUUAGACAUAUGCUACUGUAGGUGAUGAUGAUGUUUCUAUUGUUUGCGCCCGCAAGUAAAAGAUGGUUAGGAUGACGUAAAUCAGAAAAUCCCAAAGGGAGUUUAAUUGUGACAUCACAAUAAAGAGGGGUAGCAGUUAAUCAAAAAUCCCUAUUUGGAGGUUAGAAAAUUCCGAAGGAACCGCUUACCAAUAGGAAGAUUUCGUGACAUUUAGUGUCAUAUUUAGCGUUACGUGUUAUCAGUGACAUUCUGUGGAGUAGCUGUUAAGUGAUCGACCAAAAGACGCUCGUUAAGCGCAGAUGAAGUUUUAAGGUCUGUAUAACUGUGUAUAAAUAAACACUUGAAGAGUUUGCCAGACACGAGUUCACAAAUCUUUGAUUGGAAACAAUUUUCCAGACACUCUGUCUCUCUCUUUGGGAGAAUAACAAUAUUAAAGACUCAGUCCCAAACAAGCAAGACGAGUGAAUCAACGGCUAGCCUGACACUAGCAGAACGAUGGACGAACAGAGAAUUUGCCGACAAUCAAAUGCUGUGUUGUGUUAUUCCCUGCUGGUACGAGCGUGAAUUGAUCAAACCUCUGUUCAUUUCUGAGGCUUACUUUUCGGGAAAUAAAAUGAACUGCCUGGGUAUGUAAAAGGUAUAAAAUAGAAAUACCGAGAAAUUCCAACUUCUCAUUAAAUCUUUUCUAAUGGUUUAGAAUAAAUUAUUCUCGAAACUGAGAAUGUUUUCAGAUCAAAGCUGUGUAAAUCGAACUGAAUAGCAGUGCAUCUCAGGAACCUUGCGUUUCCUGUUUUUACUCUCACCUGUUGUAUGGAAUAUGUGUGAACAUCUUCAUUAUGAAUCGGUAUAUUUCAAAGAGCUGUACAACGACCAAGAAUACUAUUGAGCGACAAUAUACAGAGCGGGGGCAGCUGUAGUGUCAAUUAUUGCUAGUUUACAUAUUAGGGAACUUUGUCAUCCCGGCGUGAUUUGAACUGAUGAGUUCUGUGAGGUGUCGCAGCAUUUGCAUUUCCUUCCACGUUUUGGACACAUCAUGUCGAGAUAAUAUCAUGCCAUCAUCUAUAAAUAUAAUAUGCUAUUAAGCCAGCCGUUGAUGGGAAAAAAAUCCAUUAUUGCUUUAUCACUCACAGAUCGUAGGAGCCACAAUUUAUUUUAAAUUUAAAGGAAAGACACAAUUGCUGCAUUUGACAAAAUAGUAACAAGGUAAUUUUCUAUGUUCCAAACUAUGUUUUGAACUAUAUCAGUCAAUAGUAUGGCGCCAGAAUUGCAAUUAAUUUUUAAAGCUGGAUCAGUGGUUCAUAAUGAAUUGGAAAUGAAGUGGAUCAGUGUGUGUACAGAAGACAAGGAGGUCUUUAUGAAAAUGUAUAACGUCUCAGUCAGUUUACAGUCUCUGUCAGUCGUCCAUAGCCUCUAUAUGUCCAUAAAUUUCAGGGGCACCCAACGACGGUUUCCUCCUAAAUGCUUUGAAAACACUUUUUAGGCAAUCCAGAGUACUUUUAGAUGUCUAGAAAUGCAUUCUAAGUGGCGCUAAAAAAUUUAUACCUGUUGGGUCAUCUUGGUGCAACUUGAGUUUUUUCGAAAUUACAAGGGCUUCAGUUUUAUUUUCCCGAAAAUUUUAGCUGCAAUUUAAAGUUUUACGAAAGUGGUAGUUUUUCUGAUUCCUCUGUGCAUCGCAUUUUCGAUUCCGAAAAUUUUAGGUUUCCUUUCUCUACGAAAAAUAGCCUAACAUUGGAGAGUGAAAUGGGAAAAUUAAACUUUAGAAAAUCUUAGGGAAUUUUAUAGAAAAGCUUCGAAAAUUGUACAGGAAUGGAAAGGUCAUCUAGAAAUUUUUUAGCCUUCCUCAAGCUAUAGAAAAUUCUAGGCAAUUUUUGCUUUUCCGAACAGAUAUUUCGUAGAAAACAGUCGUUGGGUGCCCCUAAAAUUUGGCCUUUUUGGAUCCGAAGUUUACAAACGUUUAUAACGUGGCAACAUCAGGAGCCAAGGUUCCUGCCAUCACUUGAAACAUUUUUUUACUAAUUUUACUUUUCACUGAGAUAAUUAAUUGCAAAAGUUUGUCGUCUAUCUGUAGACAUACUUAAAUGCAAAAUUUGCAUUUAUUUCUACUCCCGUUUAUCAAAGUAGAUAUAAAUGCAAAUUUUGCAUUUAAGUAUGUCUACAGAUAGACGACAAACUUUCGCAAUUAAUUUUUUGAUAAACAUGUUGAAAUCCAAUAUUGCUAAGGUAAUUCGUCACCCACGAUAUUAAUAGGUAAUCAGAUGGUAUACUCGUGAAAUUAGGGAAUAAUUUUACUUGCGUUUUGUCAAAGGCUAGGGAAAUUAUUGGGAUUUGGACUGAAAACGCGCGUGAAAUUAUUCCCUAAUUCACUCGUCACCAUUUGAUUAAACAUGCUAAUCUGCCAUUCGACGGACGUACUUUGUGUUUAAGAUCACCGAACGCUUAAAGGCUGCCUUUGUAUUACAACUAUCCCAAUACAAAUUCUCCAAUUGGUCUCUAUACAUUUUCAUAAAGAAUAAGUUGAGAGAAUUUGGUAAAAUAUCAAAGCAUUUUCUCUUGGGUGAUUAUUUCGUUAAUUCUCACGACAUUUUCUCUAGAUUGUGUAUUGAUAUUAGGAGAAAACUGAUGUUUGUCACUUUUAGGACUGAGAGGGUUAAGGAUCUUUUAAAAUGUUUUUCUUAUUCAGUACACACAUUGUAGAAACAACUGACUUUCUCGAAGCGGACAGUGUGGUGCAGGAACCCCAUUUAUGUUUAAUUAAUAAGGAGUCGCGUUAACCCUAUUCAGACUGGGGGGGGCUUUUCGAACCCCCCCUCCGGCAAAAUCGUGAUAACUCCUACACCGAAAGAGCUAUGACGUUCAAAUUUUCUGACUUUUCCUAAAAUUUAUCUAGGAACAUUUUGGUAUAAAUACCAUGUCCAUGUGAUUAAUCAUGUUGCCAUGGCAACCAGUUUCUGACACAUAGGUUUUGGAAAAUUUAAAAAAUGGUGAUUUUUUUGUUUUAAGAUCGCGUUUUUACACUUAUAGUGCUUUUUGUUGUUAAAAUGGUCUUUGCUUGGGACUAGUUUUUGAAUUACAUCAAAAUGUUUCAACAUGGAAUAUUUAGGGGGGAGGGGUGGGGUAAAAUUUGUCACCUUUUUUGCUUUGCCAAUAUGCUGUUCUAUUUUCCAAAUAACACUUCCAAAGUCAUUUGUUUGGGUAAUAAACAUUAGUUUGAUACUUCUUUUAUACAUUCUGAGCUUUUUCCCCUAUGAAAGUUGCUUUAAAUUAUAAUUUUAACAAAAAAACGGAAAUCCAAGAUGGCGGAUCCAAGAUGGCGGAUCCAAGAUGGCGGACAACCAUUUCAAAUUUUAAAUUUUAUUGCUUCCUAUUGCUUUUUCUCGCUGUACAAGUGUUUCCUUGUUACUAGUUCAUAAGAAAGGAUAACAAAGAGAUGACUUUACCAAUAUUAUUGAUAUUUUACGUAUCCAAGAGGAAAAAUAAUAAGAAACAUUGAAAAAUCGGAAUAUGACGUCACUGUGACGUCAUCAUUGGGCGUGGCAAGUCAAAACUGGGUGUGGGGCUUCUUUGUACGGAGAUGAUCAUUGUGUGUAAAUUUCAUGACCCUAGCAUUAUUGGUUCCAGAGAUACAGAGGGGGGGUCCGAAGAGCCCCCCCCCAGUCACAGAUUGACCAAAAAAGCCCAGUCUGAAUAGGGUUAAAGUAAAAAAUAAUGGCUCAUCAUAAUUAGAAAAAGAAUCGCACUCCCAUAAGUGCAGGUGCGAAGCCGUUAUUAAACUGUGUCAGUCCAGGUCAGGUUCAUUGUUCUUCCUGUUGCACAAUUUUUUAACGUUACCCUGCGGUUCACUAAUAAAAAUGAAGAAUGUAUCCACUUCUACAGCGUCGUCCUUCAACAAGUCUUCGUCAUCCGUGACUCUCGUGGGCUUCUCCGCUACACCUGUUUCUUACCAAGCCAAAGGAAUAGCAUUGAGCAGCGCCCUCGUGUUUGAAGGAGUCUUGAUAUUUGGGGCUAAUUUGCUGGCAAUUUUUCUCUUCGUACUAGAGAAGAAGCUUCGCAAGAAAAGUUUGUUUCUGGUUAUAAACAUGUCGCUCGCUGAUACGAUGCUUGGAGCUGUAUCACUGCCUUUGUACGUUUACCUACAGAUCGGACCAUAUUUUCAACUGUGGACUGAGUAUAAGGGAAAUUUUUCAUUUCUGCUCUUUUGCAGUUUCCUUGAUAGCACGCUUGCUCAUGCCUCACUUUUUUCUGCGGUCUCUAUCUCCUGUGAAAGAUUUUAUGCAAUCUUCUGGCCAAUGAAGCACAAAGUCUCGUCAAAACGUGCGUAUCACAUUGCUAUCUGCAUUGUGUGGACUUCGGCUGUUAUUGUCUCUGUGAUCUUCGCGUUACCAUUUUAUCUCCUAACACAAAAACAAAUUGCUUUCUUCAUUUGGAUUCCAUUUCCAAUAAUUUCUCUUUUCCUUGUAUGUUGCUGUAACUUCGGUAUUUGGAGAAAGUUUCAAAAGAUAAAUAUCCGUUCACAAGAGCACAACAGAGCCUUGCAAAACCAGCGCUUGACAAAAACCUUGGUGUUUGUAUCUGCUAUGGCUGUGUUAACAUGGCUUCCUUUGAUUAUUUUUAACGUAGCUUUCGUUCAGGAUUCUACGCCCACCCAACAAUGGUAUUUGGCUAACGGUAUUAUAAAUCUCUUUAAUUUUUCCAACUCUAUUUUAAAUCCAGUCGUUUAUGCACUACGAAUCCCUGAGAUGAGGCAGUCACUGUUUUCCUGCUGUUCACGACGUCGAGAGGCCGUGAUGAACAGAGAGGACAUAGAAUUAGAACGCAAAAGAAGAGGCGAGAUCAACGUUAACGUGGCUGCCGUUUUGUCGCCGGUGAUACAGACAAGAAAAUUACCAACUUAUCCCAGUCAGCCAGAGCAGACAUUCGAACAAAAUUCUAUGGACACCAAGCUGUGA